AUGCGGGGAGCGCGCGUCAAAUCCGCACAACGGCGGCCCCUGCAGGAGCUGCGGCUGCAGCAGGGAGCGGAGCGUACCAACAUCACCCCGCUGCUCCGCCGCUUGCGGCUCAAGGACCACGAUGGCAACACUCCUGUGCCUCGCACCCAGUGCCCCCCUGGCCGCAUUGCCCCUGGGCUCCCCCACACUGCUCUCCCAUGCUCCCCCUGCCGCAUUGACUUCAGCCCCCGGAAGAUCCCCCUGGAGCCCUUAGGCAACGCCACCCCAGACCCCGUCAGCAUUUCGGAACCCUCUGGCCAUGCCACCCUUGUUACAGAUGCCCCAGAGCCCCCAGAUGAUGCCACCUCAGGGCCUGACACCCUGGUGCCCUCAGAUGAUGCUCCCCAAGAAGCCAGCCCCCCAGAGACCCCCAGCAGGGCCCCCCAAGAGCCCCAUGGCAGUGCCCCAGUGCCCUUCCCAUUCUCUCCCAGCCUCCUCCCCCCACUGCCUCCCUCUCCAGACCACCCCAGCAGCACUUCCUUGGAGCUGCGUACUCCUGACCCUGCUGGCAGCACCUCCGUGGGGCCCUGCACUCUGGACACCCCUGGCAGCCCCUCCCCAGGCCCCCCAGGCACCUCCACCCCACAGGAUACUCCAUUCCGCAGGUGGCGAGCGCCCCCCCCCGAUCUCUCCUGCAGCCCCGUGGCUUCCCAACCUCUGGCUGAGAAUGGGGAUGUGGGUACUCCUCCACAUCACAGUACCUUGGGGAUGGCUGGAUCCCCAAGCCCUGCCCCACCAGAGCAGUGCUCCCCCCAUAUUGAGGCAGUGGGGUCAGAGCCUGUAGACUCAGCAGUGGCAGCCACCCCAGUGUCUUUGUCUGAGCCAUCCCUGGGGGCUGUGUCCUGGAUAAUGCCACUGGUGUGGCUGGAGAGGACCCUCCCUGCCUCGUCCCUGCUGGAGUCCCUGCGGCACAGCCUCCCCCUGUCUGUGUCGUGGCGGGAUGCUGGCACCAAUGUCACCCCAGUGCCUACUGCAGCUGUCAGAACUGGUGUCACCCCAGUGCCCACUGUGUCUAUGGGUACCACUGUAACCCCAGUGUCCACUGUACCUGUGGGGAGCAGCGUCACCCCAGUGCCAACCAUGGCUGCAGGCACCACCGUCACCCCAGUGCCCACUGGAUCCAUUGCCACCAAUGUCACCCCGAUAUCCACUGGAUCCAUUGGCACCAGUGUCACCCCAGUGCCCACUGGAUCCAUUGCCACCAAUGUCACCCCGAUAUCCACUGGAUCCAUUGGCACCAGUGUCACCCCAGUAUCCACUGGAUCCAUUGGCACCAGUGUCACCCCAGUGCCCACCAUGGCUAUAGGCACCAGUGUCACCCCAGUGCUCACCGUAUCUAUGGGCACCACCAUGACCCCGGAGGAGAGGAGUGCUGGCACAUCCAUACCUGGUGGUGCCAAGGACAGCGCUGCUGAGACCGACUCUCUGCUCUGGCACUGUCCCCGGGAGCAGCUGCGUUUGCUGCCGCGAGCAGAGCUGGAGGGACGGCUGGAGAGCACCCUGAUCAUCAUUGAGGCCCUCUCACUGCAGCUGCGUGACUGGCAGGACUGCCAGCACCCACUCCCUGCUGUGGGGCCAGCAGGGCAGAGGGAUGCACACACUCAGACUGAUGUCACUCGGCCCCAGGGGGAGGAGGGGAUUUACCACGACCUCUACGUGGAGCUGCGGAGGAAGGCGCAGGCUGUGCAACGGCAGCAUGGAGCAGAGCAGGAGUUGGCACGGCAGCUGGUGCGGGCAGCAGAGGCAAUGGAUGCAUGGACUGGGCAGCGCCGUGCGCUGUGGGAUGUUGCAGACACCGCUCUGCAGGGCAUGAAGAAAGACCACGCAGCACUGGAGCAGGAGCGGCUGCAGGUGCGUGCCAUGGUGUCCCGGUGCGAGGCGGUGCUGCGUGCUGUGCCCGGAAAGCUGCAGAGCUGCCUGCAGGAGCGGGAUGCUGCACAGCAACAUGCGGAUGAAGCCCUUCGUGCUAAGCAGGAGGUAACGUGUCCCACGUGGGACGCUGCUAUCCCCACCCAGGGAUGGGGGGUGAUGUGCCCUGAGCUGUGCCACCCCUUUUUGCAGAGCGAUGCUUUCCUGGAGGCGUUCCGUUCCCACGCUGCUGCCCAGAUUGGUGCCCGCACGCAGAGCCUGGAGCUGCAGCAGGAGCUGAGCGCGCUGCUGGCAGCUGCUGUCCAACAGCAGGUGUCCCUGGCUGCAGAGGCUCAGCCCUUCCGGGAAUUCAUAGACGUGACCUUUGCCAACCUCCAGGAGGAGCGAGGAGCGCUGGAUGGAGAGAGGGAGCAGGUGCGUGCCCUGGUGUCUCGCUGCAUGACUGCGCUGCGGGACGUCCCCACCAAGCUGCACAGCUGCCUGCAGGAGCGGGAUGCUGCACUGCAACAGGUGGAGGAAGCCCUCCAAGCCAAGAAGGAGGUGUCCCAGCAGCUGGAGGAAACCCUGCAGGCUCUGCAGGAUGCGGUGACCCAGGGGGAGCAGCUGGCAGUCACCAACUCACGCCUCAGCACAGACCUGAGCACGGUGAUGAAGCAGCUGGCUAGCCUGCAGCAGGAGCAGGACGCGCUGCAGCAGGACUAUGAGGAGCAGAAGGAGAUGAUGAGCCGGCUGACCAAGGAGCGGGAUGCUCUGCAGCGGGAGCGCCAGGAGCUGCAGGAAGCAGCAGAGUGCCGGGAGUUUCUGGACCAGGAGAACCGCAUGUCCCGCCGGCAGCUGAUGGAGGUGGAAGCCAAGCUGCAAUCCACAUUGGCUGAGCUGCAGGAGUGCAGCCUGCAGCACGAGGAGUUGCUAGAAGCCCACCAAGGCCUGCAGGAGGAACGAGCGGCCUUGCAAAAGGAGCUGGAGAGCACCAAGGCGGAGCUGCAGGACCUGCAGCUCAAGAGGGACAGGGUGUCCUGGUGCUCAGCAGGCAUUGCUGAGAGCAAGGCGAGGCUGCAGAAGCUGGCUGACUGCCUGCGAGCCGCCCUGCCUCAGCAGGAUGAUGAUGAUGAGGUUCCAUCAAGGAGCAAGACCUGGACCCCAGGCUGGAGGACCCCCCGUGGGCCCUGGACCCCCCACAGCAGUGCUUGGACCCCCGUGUGCCGCACACCUGCCCGCCACACACCGCACCGUGCCAGGGGGUCCUUUGUAGGCAGUGUUUUGAAGGCGGUGUCAGGAAGAGAUGGCGAUGAAGGCACUGGAUGUGAGAGCCUAUCUGCCAGGGAUAGGGCUGUAUCCACACCGAAGCCCCCAGAGCCCGAGGAUGGUCUGAUGGAGCAGGCAGCUGAGCUGCGGGCCGUGGUGUCUGACCUCUCUGUGCUGAGCUCCCGCAUCCAAGAGUUGGAGCAGAGCGAGUUCAGGGCGCUGCAGGCAGAGAUCUGUGACCUGCAGCUUCAGCUGGAGAAGGUGACAACUGAGAGCCAGGAGCGGAUGGAUGCCCAGGCUGCCAGCAUUGCUAAGCUGAACAAGGCGCUGCAGGGCAAGCUGCAGAACGAGAAGGAGCUGCAGGACGUUGUGAAACAGCAGGAAGCGAAGAUGCUGCAACUCAUUGACAAGAGUGAGGAGGUGACGAGGCUGCAGGAGGAGGUGACCCAGCUGAAGCGCUCGCUGCAGCGUGCAGAGACCGAGGCCAAGGUGCUGUGGGAGGAGAUGAGAGGACAGGAGGCCAAGGGGGUCUCGGCCCACGUGCAGGAGCGCGUCCUGCUGCGGCAGGAGGUGGAUAAGCUGCGCUUGCUGCUGCUGGAGAAGGAGGAUGAGAAUGUGGUGGUGUCAGGGAAUUACCUGGAGCAGGUGCGAGGGUUGGAGCUGAGGCUCAGCCAUGCACAAAAGAUGCUGCGGAACCACGAGGAGCUGCGGGAGACAGUGAAGGAGAUCCUGCUGUCCCUCCCCGAGGUGCCCCCAGAGCUCGGCGCCCUCCUGCAGCACCUGGGGUUGAAGCCAAACAGCGAGAAAGCUCCAGCUCUGCUGUAACCCACAGCGUGAAACGUUGCCAUUCUUAACA